GGUCGAGUCAGUACGCGCCGCAUCGUGGCUUCAGACGACAGCCACUCAUACUACCGCCUCCCACACUAGACUCCUGAGAGUCAGCCUAUCCAAGCUGUGCCGAGGUAGAGUCAUGUCUGCUUCCUCUUCAGCUGUGCAGCAGCAGCUGCUGCUGUUGCCAGGCUCCCUCGCCUUUACCGAUGCCCAGCGGACACGGCUCUUGACACGCCUGCAGUCGCUCGCACCCGAGCUACAGAAGGUCACUUCUGUCGAAGCCAUCUUUACCCACUUCGUCAAACCAACUUCCCCAAAGGCACUCUCUGAGCUCACGCAGUCAGACGGGCAACACCGAGCUGUACUCGACCACCUCCUGAGCUAUGGCCCAGCUCCGUUGCACCCCAUCCUGCAGGAAGCCAUACAGAGCCCGUCCAAGGACGCUCUGUACCUCUUUGUCAUUCCUCGCCCUGCCUCCAUAUCGCCAUGGUCGUCCAAAGCUACCAACAUUCUUCACCUGUGUACCCUCAAGGAUUACGUGACCAGGGUCGAAAGGGGAGUGCUGUACGUGCUGCGAUCCUCGACAGGCUCUGCCCUCUCCGUGAAUGACUUCACGCCAGCCGCUCUCGAUCUCCUGCAUGACCGGAUGACCACUGUGAUCCGCACCACUGCGCCCGUAUUUUCUGACCUCUUCGCCGAGGACAUGGCUCAUCGCAAACCACUGGAGUGGGUAGAUGUCCUUACAGCAGGCGAUUCGCUCGAUAGCGCCAUCGCCCAAUUGGAAGCGGCCAACAAAGCUCGAGGUCUAGCACUUGCUCCGGACGAGGUCCGCUACCUUGCACAAGCCUUCACAUCUGACGAGCUCAAGAGAAACCCGACGACGCCAGAACUCUUCUCCUUUGCACAGGUAAACUCAGAACAUUGCAGGCAUAAGAUCUUCAAUGCCGAUUGGACGAUCGAUGGGCAGAAGAUGGACAACACCCUGUUUGGCAUGAUCCGCAACACGCACAAGAUCACUCCCCAGGGUACCAUCAGCGCUUAUUCUGACAAUGCUGCCGUUAUGCAAGGAAGUGAUGCCUACAGAUUUGCCGCCAUCACCGAAGGCGAGGCCGACUCUGUCCUUUAUUCCACCUCUUCGACGAAAGAAGCUCAUCCGCUCUUGGUAAAGGUAGAGACACACAAUCAUCCCACCGCCGUCUCUCCCUACCCUGGCGCUGCUACCGGCGCAGGAGGCGAGAUCCGUGACGAAGGCGCCGUCGGUCGAGGAAGCAGACCCAAAGCUGGCCUGGUGGGCUUCAUGACAUCGAAUGUGACGCCCCUCGCCGAAGAGGGUGAAGCACUAGACGCGUCACUUCCAGCCCACUUCAAUCCUGGCAAGCCAUCCCACAUUGCUUCGGCAAAGGACAUAAUCUUGGAGGGACCCCUUGGUAGUGCCAAUUUCAACAACGAGUUUGGAAGGCCAGGCUUGACAGGCUUCUGGAGGACAUGGUGUCUCGAAGUAGACGGUGCCGAGAGUGGGAAGCGCGAGAUUCGAGGCUACCACAAGCCCAUCAUGCUUGCAGGUGGGCUGGGUACCGUACGCCCCGACUUUGCUCUCAAAUCGCCUAUUCCGGUCGGGUCCAAGAUCAUUGUCCUCGGCGGACCUGGAAUGCUGAUUGGUCUCGGAGGAGGCGCGGCUUCUAGUAUGGCGUCGGGAGCUUCUGACCGAGCCGAUCUCGACUUUGCCUCUGUGCAGCGAGAGAAUCCCGAGAUGCAACGCAGAUGUCAAAUGGUGAUAGAUGCUUGCGUCUCUUCCUCGAGUAGCGUAGGAGGAAACCCGAUCCAGAGCAUCCACGACGUGGGAGCAGGUGGUCUCUCCAACGCUCUUCCCGAACUCGUGCAUGAUUCCGACUUGGGCGGUAUCUUCGAGCUCAGAGACAUUCUCGUAGACGAUGAGAGUAUGAGCCCCUUGGAGAUCUGGUGCAACGAAUCCCAGGAGCGCUACGUCCUGGCAGUGCUUCCUGAGGAUGUCCAACGUUUCACAGCAAUCGCUCACAGAGAGCGAUGUCCCUUCUCUGUGGUGGGCGAAGCGACCAAGGAGCAGCGCUUGGUGGUGACGGACCGACUUGCCGGCAACAAGCCGCUCGACUUGCCAAUGAGCACUCUUUUCGGCAAGCCUCCCAAGAUCGCUCGCCAGAGCCAGCGUGCUCAGCCCAACCGCCAGACGUUCGACGCUUCUUUACGUUCCUAUCUGCCGGCUGCACCGCAAGACUUUGCUGCAACAGUACAGACCGCUCUCGACCGAGUCUUGCGUCUGCCUACCGUCGCAUCGAAGUCUUUCCUCAUCACUAUUGGCGAUCGCUCCAUUACCGGCUUGGUGGCACGAGACCAGAUGGUCGGCCCCUGGCAAGUGCCCGUGGCAGAUGUUGCGGUGACACGAACAGGCUACGGGUUUGAUGACGUCCUUACCGGUGAAGCUAUGUGCUCUGGUGAGCGGACCCCAUUGGCCCUGCUUUCGCCAGCUGCAUCUGCUAGGAUGGCUGUGGGAGAGUCACUGACCAACUUGGCUGCUGCAAGUGUUGGUGACUUGACCAGGGUCAAGCUCAGUGCCAAUUGGAUGUGCGCGGCCAGCUACAGUGACGAAGGCGCUCGUCUCUACGAGGCUGUGCAGGCCAUUGGUCUGGAUCUCUGCCCAAAGCUUGGCCUCGCUAUCCCUGUCGGUAAGGACUCGAUGAGUAUGCAAAUGGCCUGGACUGCCGAGGGCGAGAAGAAGGUGACGGCACCCAUGAGUGUCAUCAUUACUGCUUUCGCUCCUGUCGACGCGAUCCAUCACACUUGGACGCCUCAGCUGCGUCCUCACGAGGAGGUACCGACCCUAAAGGAGGGAGAAGAUCUUUGCCUGCUCUUUGUCGACCUAGCCGCUGGCAAGACUCGUCUGGGAGGCUCUGUCUUGGCUCAAGUGUUUGGUCAGCUUGGUGACGACUGUCCGGACGUAGAUGCAGGCAAUGAGAAGACACUCAAAGCCUUCUUCGAGGCUGCCUAUACGCUGAAGGAGUUGACUGUCCACAAUCGACCUGCCGGCGAUGACAGUCUUGUUCUAGCUUAUCACGAUCGAUCCGACGGCGGUCUCAUCACUACGAUCGUAGAAAUGGCUUUUGCUGGACGAUGUGGUGUCGAGGUGGACCUGGACACCUUGAGCGAGGCUUCAAGCUCCAGUGACGAGCAGAAGAUGGCAGCACUCUUCAAUGAAGAGCUGGGUGCGGUGAUGCAAGUGCGUAAAGGCGAUAUCAAGGCCGUCUCUUCAAUCCUUACUUCAUCUGGAGUCCCCACCUCCGCCAUCAAGACCAUUGGAAGAGUCUUGCCGCGAGAAGACGGCGAAGACAUUAGACUACUGUCAAAGGGCUCUGUCCUCUACUCUUCGACUCGAGCCUCGCUGCAAAGUAUCUGGGCCGAGACCAGCUAUCGUCUUCAAAGAGAGAGGGACGACCCCGUGUCCGCCAAGGAAGAGUACUCUCGCAUCGACGUGCCAGCAGGCACGCAAGGCGAGGGAAGAUUGGAGUUCGACCUAAAAUACAACCCAGGAGACAAUGUCGUCGUCUCUACACCCUCUCCUUCCAAGUCCCUCUCUGUCAGUCGACCCAAGGUGGCGAUCCUGAGAGAGCAAGGAGUGAAUGGACACUUGGAAAUGGCUUACGCGUUCCACGCCGCCGGCUUCACCAGCGUAGAUGUGCACAUGAGCGACAUCAUCUCCGGCCGAGUCUCGCUUGCCUCUGACCCUGAGCUGAAGGGUCUGGUAGCUUGUGGAGGCUUCUCGUUUGGUGAUGUUCUGGGUGCUGGAGCUGGUUGGGCCAAGUCGGCUCUGCUGAACAUGCGCGCACGGAGCGAGUUCGAAGGCUUCAUGGUCAAGAGGCAAGACACCUUUGUGCUGGGUAUCUGCAACGGUUGUCAAUUCCUCUCUCACCUGGCCAAGGCUGGUCUGGUGCCAGGUGCAGAAGAUUGGCCCACGUUCGAGCGCAACGCUAGCACCAGGUUCGAAGGUCGAGCCUGCACUGUUCAGAUUGGCGAGUCUGCAGCUGUGAAAAAGAGCGUCUUCCUGCGAGACAUGGCUGGAAGCAGACUACCAGCCAUCGUUGCCCACGGUGAGGGACGAGCUCUAUUUGCCUCCGAGGAGAGCAUGAAGCGCAUUCAGGACGGAGGACUUGCAGCAGUCAAGUACGUUGAGUCUGGCUCCAAGGGCUACGUGGGUACUACGACCUACCCCGCCAAUCCCAACGGAUCGCUGGAUGGAAUCACCGCCGUCCUCACUCCCAAUGGAAGAUGCUUGGCGAUGAUGCCCCACCCCGAGAGGGGUAUCACUGCAGAGGCCAUGAGCUGGAAGCCACCUGGGAGCAGUGAAGGGUGGAGGGGCAGGGGACCCUGGUUGAGAAUGUUCGAGAGCGCAAGGCAGUGGGUGGGCUGAGAGUCAGUUCAAUGAAGGUGUAAGCGGUGACAUUGGUAUCAUUAGGAGUGGACAUUAGACGCUGUGACCCAAGUUCGAAUUUAGAAUUACAUUAGAAAGUACCCUGGCAUCGCAUCUU